CAAGCUCCCUCCGAGUCCAUAAAGGUAUGUUGAUGCUAAAAGCGUGGUUUUUUGCGCUGCGUUGCUGCAUUGCGGUUUUUGGUUUUGUGCUGCUGCUGUGUGUUGCUGCCCCUCCUUUGCGCGACAACAACGCCCAUAUUCGAGACGCCUCGCCUAUCACAAAUAUCGAAAUACUUUUGGCCCCCGUUCUCGAAUUUAUCGAAUACAUUAUCAAUAUCGACUUUUUAUUGCGAUUCGAAUCUCGUUCCUCGCUCUCAGAUCCGUUGAUGCAAGAAAUCCCUCGUUUGAAGCUUCGGCCUCACAACAACCCACUUCCAAAAGGCUUCCGUAUUUGGCCUCCGUGUACGACCCGAUAUUUCGGCGCAAGCUCCGGUCUUCAACGGUCCGCGUCCGAACUAUAUUGUUGUAUAUCUCCCGGUUCUCUCGAUAGCUCUGAUCUUGGUGUUGCCCCUCGGCAUACUCGAAGUGCGGGGUUGACGAUCUGGGAUUGUCAAAGCUUAUCAUAUGACAAUACCAACUGGACAAUCACAUUAUCCUAACCUUCAACAUCGGAACCGAGUUAAACAAGACCUAUGGUAGCCUCAACAACAUCUGCGCGACUACGAAGUUCAUGCCGACUUGGAAUGCCCCUCGUGAGGCCGUUGACCUUGGGUCUCAUACCUUGCAAGGACGUAUUCGACCUCAACCAAUGAACAUGCUAUCAUUUCAUAUUGGACCAAAGAUACGAUGGAACAUGCCGUUGCGAUGUACCCUGGAGUUGCGACGAAGUAUCCAUACUGGCGACUAGACGACAACAGAUAUACAGCAGCAGCAGCAGCACCACAAUGCACAACUGAACGUUGUGUUAAAUACUGUUACUAACUUAAUUGAUUUAGACCUAUCUUCAAAAUGUCUUCCCUCUCUCGACGUGCUUGCUACAAGUGUGGCAAUGUUGGCCACUACGCUGAGGUCUGCUCUUCUGCUGAGCGUCUCUGCUACAACUGCAAGCAGCCCGGCCACGAGUCCAACGGAUGCCCUCUUCCCCGAACCACUGAGGCCAAGCAGUGCUACCACUGCCAGGGUCUUGGUCACGUCCAGGCUGACUGCCCUACCCUCCGCCUGAGCGGCACUGGCACCAGCGGCCGCUGCUACAACUGUGGCCAGCCCGGUCACCUUGCUCGCGCCUGCCCCAACCCUGUUGGUCCUACUAUGGGCCGUGGUGCUCCCAUGGGUCGUGGUGGCUUCCCCGGUGGCUACGGCCGUGGUGGUUUCGCUGGUGGUCCUCGCCCUGCCACUUGCUACAAGUGUGGUGGUCCCAACCACUUUGCUCGUGAUUGCCAGGCUCAGGCCAUGAAGUGCUAUGCCUGCGGCAAGCUCGGUCACAUCUCUCGGGACUGCACUGCUCCUAACGGCGGUCCUCUCAACACUGCUGGCAAGACUUGCUACCAGUGCGGUGAGGCUGGACACAUCUCUCGUGACUGCCCUCAGAAGAACGCUCCCGGUGUUGGCGAGAUUCCUCAGGAGGUUGAUAUUGGCAGCGUUCCUGCUCCUCCCGUUGCUUCUAUCGCUCCCGUGGCCUAAACAAAUACUGGAGUUAGCUGUUGGUGUAUGCCCUUGGUGGCGUAUGUCCCAACAGCGGUCCAGAACGUCGGUCUGGGAUAGCCGACACCUUUGCUUUUUAACAGUUGUUCUUUUUGAUGCCGACACGUGAACAUAUCACUACAUCCUUACUCUCGAAUUAUUUCUUUGUUUUGGUUCUUGUUCUUUGAUCCGAAGCAUGCAUUUGCCAGCAUCUCUUGUCUGGCCUCGACUUGCAUGGCAUUUUCGGUCCGUCCGAAUUCAUCUUUGAACCUCUUUUUUAUCUUUCACUUGAGCAAUGCCACAUUGUUCCAGCGGUUGCACAUAGCCGAUACAGCAUUGUUGCUAUUACGACCCGCGAGGAAAUGCCGGUACUUGGCAAGGAAAGAUUUCUAGCAACGAAUUUCCUUUUUCCAGCAUUCACCUAGACUUGUUUGCAUAGAUCCUUGGUUACUAGGGGGUCUCUGAACGGUUUCUCCGUUAUCUGGCACCUUUCCUCAGAUACAACUUUGGAUCAUUCACCCAAGGACUACUACUACGAUUUGAACGACAGACGCUGUCACGUGGCUCUUAACGACUUUCGAAAAUUACGGCACCCUGCGAAGGAUAUACCCCGCGAGGCGAUGUGUUGGUUGUUGAGCUCGGAAAAGAAAAGCGCAGAGACUCAGGCUUUGACCAGUGAAGAUGUCCCCGCUAGGAUGCGGGUGAGAUUAAGCCUCGGGAGAGCUUGUGUUGUCGCCUGGCGGCAGAAAAGACCAGUGGAUGCGUGCGUGAGAGUGGUGGGCUGAAGGCCAGAUGAUUAAUGAUCAUAGGGGAUAGGAUGCUAUUUCUUGUGGGCAACGGACUUCUGAUUGCAAUGACGCAUGAGGGAUUCGUUCGAUGCGGAAGAUGGCAUCCUACAGAACGGCAAACAAACAGACAAGCAACACAGUUUGUGAGGAUAGAAGCUUUUUGAAGUACUGAGGCUUCCUUACUGAUGGCUGUUUGCUUGUGCUCAUUGUUUCGGCGUGGCUGAUGGAUGAGGAGGGGAGGCUGCAGUGGUGGUUAGUGACAGACGCGCAAGAUGCGGCGAGAAGAGUUGUAAAUGAUUUGAUACGCACCCAUAACCCCCAAUGAAGCGAAGUGGCAUCAGCAAAGCAGAAUGUGUGUGGCGAGAUGUGUUGAUGACUGAAGAUUGUAUUGUAUGAGCAUGAGCAUGAGCAUGAGCAUGAGUAUGACGACUGGCGUUAUGUUUAUCACGGCAAUGCCCUUGUAUUGGUACAUGGGACAAGAGCAUAAUGUCUCGGCGUUUGGGAUCAUUAUUUUGGACGGUUGGUACACGAGUAUGUAUAACUCAGUAACUAAUCCUGUCAGAGUCAGGCCUCGGCAGGUUGUUUUUGUUAGGUAUGGUAUAAGGUAUAUUGAUCUGACAACGAUCAGAGGUAUAGGCAUCAAAGGACAAAUUUAUCGAAGGCACGGAACAGCAACACUGGUAAGGCUAAUUUGAAGGGAAAUUGUCCUUCUAUUUAACAUUGCUCAAGAUUAUGAGCAUAUUUCAACUUAAUAGCAAAAAAGCGAUUGCAGUAUCACUGUAGUAUUGUUCAUCUAUUCCCAACGCUUGCAAUGAGUUGAUCAUAUGCAUUUACCAUGAAUUAUCCAAUUACUCCCUUACCCAACCCAUCUAAUUUACCCAUCAAUCAUCAUUUUCCUUGGUGUGAAGUCCUCCUCUAAUACUGGCAAAUACCACCAAUCUCAUCAUCCAUAGUCCACGACCCAGCAAGACCUUUAAUCUCCACAUCCUCCAUCAGACUAACAUCGUCCUGCAACGUCUUCCCCAAGAAGAAAUCAUUCCUCCCCUCCGUCUGCAUCUUCCUCUUCAUAAACCGCCUCGUCCACUCCUCAACCGCCGGCUCGCCCGUCUCAUCCCUCGCCUGCUUCAAGAACGGAAUGAGAGCCGUACCGCCCGUGCCCUUCUGGUUCUCCUUGUUCUUGCGCGAUGCGACUGCGAGGUUGAGCUUGUUGCGGGUCACUUCGGGACUGCGGGAGCGGCUGCGCGCGCGGACUUGUUUGGAGGGGUUGAUGAUGUAGCGUGUAACGAUGGCGAUGUGCUUGUCGCGGAAGGCGCUUAGCAUGGCGAGACAGGCGUCGUAGGCGAGGCAGAGUUGUUUGUCUGAGUGGUGAGAUUCGACGUAUUCGCGGAUGUUGGCGACGUUGGAUACGUCGUUGAGGAAGCGGGCGUGAGGACCGGGCAUGUAGCGUCUCAUCUCCAUGAUGAAGUUGUGUCGGUUCGCAGCACGGCCUCGAUCGGUGUCUGAAGAAGGAUCGCGAGACUCGCCUGUUGGACGAUGCUCGAUUCCAAGAAUUAUAUCGAAGAAUUGGAUCAGACUGCUCUGAGCGUUGCUGCCACCGCUGUAUUGUCGAUAUUCCUCAGUGCCGGUGCCAUCUUCGUAAAUAACGCCAUUGGGGAGGCCAGCCUCUGCCAUGUUCUUGCUUCCAGCAAGGAAAGGUCUAAUUCGGUGAUAAAAGAUAGUAGGAUCACAACUCUCGUGCAUCCUCUGAAGAAUAUUCGUCAAGUCUGUGAGACGCUCUGCGAAAGUGCGCAGACAGCGCGUAACAGCAGCACUGUCUCCAUGACGAGCAGCAGCAAUAGCCGUCAACAUCAAAGGAAUGAUCGGCGCACCACGAGCCUCAAUAGCCACUGAAACAAGGUAGAACCACGAUUCAUCAAGAGCUCCAGUAUAUGUGUUCAAAGUGGCGAGGUUCUCGAGAUUAUCGAUAUCCUCAUCAACAAAGAGGGGUUUAAAGUUCCAUAAACAAACAGCCGCAUACGUGGCAACAGGUGGUACUUCCAGAUGAUCAGAGAUCUCCAAUAAAGGAACAGAGAUAGAUGCUGGAAGCCUAUCUGAGGGUGAAUCACCACCCCAGAUAUAUCCAUGGGCCAUGAAGCCUAGUAGCGAAUAGGCACGUCGCCACUCAGCGUCAUGUUCAAGACCGAUUGUCGACAGGACUGGCAAUCUGUCGAUAACACCGCGUAGCCUACGGCUGAGAAUAAGAGCCUGGAGGUUUGCGGCGAUGGCUUCCCAUUUGUUGUAGUAUGGAUCCGGAAGACGGGUCAAGGGAAGAGUAUCCGGGAGGAAGCCAUGGGUUGGGGAGAUGCCGUACUCGGCUAGGACUGGAAUAGAGGGAAGCAUUUUAGAUGAAGAUUCCCUCUAGAAGUUGUUGAGAGUUGUGAAGAGGAGAAGCCACAGGCUGAAACAGAGAAUCAGCAGAUGCGAAAGAUCCGUGUUCCGGGAACCGGAGACGGAAUAGUGGGGCCGCUCCGGGAGGAUCAGAUCAGAGAAGAAGAUUUAACAACGUGCUUCGAAAACUCUGGGGUAGUUGAAGCCAAGGCCGGUAGUUGUGAAAUAAUGGAUAUGAUGGAGAAAUAAAGAAAGAACCAGCUUAAAAAAUUCCGGGGAUAGAGG